AUGGGUUACACUUAUGAGGACGAAGAUACUCUUUUAAACAACUAUCUUUCAAAGGAUAAUUAUGUGAUUGAUGCCAUUUCUUCACAAUCUGAUAAUACUUUUUAUCAAUUGAAUCAAGAUACUUCUUAUAUAAGUUUAUGUGUAAAAAACGAUAGUGAAACAAAAUUGAACA